CGGAGCAGAAGCCACGAGAGGAGAUUAAAGAUCAGCGGGCGGACUUUGCUGGCCGUCUUAAAAUCACCCCUGGGUGAUGAAACAGCUCACAAGCAGCCCGGUGUUCUGCCCGCGAGCCUUCUCGUGAGCCCGUCGCGAGGAGCUGGAAGGGAGCAGAAGCACGAGCCAUGCAGGGACCAAGGCCGGUGGUUCUGAGUGGCCCGUCGGGUGCAGGAAAGAGCACUUUGAUCAAGAAAUUGUUUAAGGAUUACGAGAACAUCUUCGGCUUCAGCGUCUCCCAUACGACGAGGCAGCCGAGACCCGGAGAAGUAAACGGCAAAGAUUACCACUUUGUGACCCGAGAGGAAAUGAAGAAAGAAAUCGACGCUGGGGAGUUCCUCGAGCACGCAGAGUUCUCCGGAAAUAUGUAUGGGACGAGCAAAGCCGCGGUGCAGGCUGUGCAGGCCCAGAACCAGAUCUGCGUCCUCGACGUCGACAUCCAAGGCGUGAAGAACAUCAAGAGGACGGACCUGAACCCCAUCUACAUCUCCGUGCAGCCCCCGUCCAUGGACGUCCUGGAAAAGAGGCUACGUGACCGACAGACUGAGACAGAGGAAAGUUUACUGAAGCGUUUGAGCGCAGCCCGCGUAGAUCUGGAGCUGAGUAAAGAGCCCGGCCUGUUUGACCUUGUCAUUGUCAACGACGACCUAGAAAAAGCCUACUCCGAAUUGAAGGAGGUGCUCCUGGAGGAAAUCCAGAAGACCCAAGAAUCCAGGAAGUCCUGAGCCCGCCUGGACGUCUUAACUUAUCAUUCCUGAACCACAUCGCGGCGUUUCAUUUCCAGAGACAUUCCCUUUAGGCCAGUCCCCCUCCCAGAGUUACCCUAGGAUGUUUCUAUUAAAAGGAAGGAAAACAAAA